GCACUGCUGGAGAACAAGUUUGACUACAUCUUCUUCACCGGCAGCCCCUCUGUGGGGAGGAUCAUAAUGACAGCUGCUGCCAAGCACCUGACGCCGGUGACCCUGGAGCUGGGAGGCAAGAACCCCUGCUACGUGUCCGACACCUGCGACGUGCACAACGUGGCCCGACGGGUGGUCUGGGGCCGCUUCUACAACGCGGGGCAGACCUGCAUCGCACCUGACUACAUCCUGUGCAGCGUGGAGAUGCAGGACAAGCUGAUGCCUGCCUUGCGUGAGGCCAUCACUGAGUUUUAUGGCUCCAACCCUCGGGAGUCCCCCGACUUUGGCCGCAUCGUGGGGGACAAGCAAUUUCGCCGCAUCCAGGCGCUGCUGCGCAGCGGGCGUGUGGCCAUCGGAGGACAGACGGAUGAGAAGGAGCGCUAUAUCGCUCCCACUGUGCUGGCGGACGUGCAGCCCUCUGAUCCUGCCAUGCAGGAGGAGAUCUUUGGGCCCAUCUUACCCAUCGUUGUUGUGGCCAACAUGGACGAAGCCAUUGACUUUAUCAAUGCACGGCCACGGCCGUUGGCCGUCUACGCCUUCUCCUGUGACAGCAAGGUGGUGAACCAGGUGCUGGAGCGGACAAGCAGUGGAGGUUUCUGUGGCAACGACACCCUGAUGCAUGUGUCAUUGACCUCGCUGCCCUUCGGUGGGAUUGGAAACAGCGGCCUUGGGAAAUACCACGGCAAGUUCACCUUCGACACCUUCACCCACCACCGCAGCUGCCUGCACCGCAACAUGGGCCUGGAGGCCCUCAACACCGUGCGCUACCCACCCUACACACAGCAGAAGCUGGGGCUGCUGACGACCACCUUUGAGAUCAAGCGCAGGGGCAUGUGCACCCUGCUCUGA